GCUCGGUGCCGCACGAUGCUCCUCGCCCGCUCCCUGCGCGCCGCCGCCGCCGCCGCGCUGCGCCCGCCGCGCCGCCCGCUCAGCUCCGCGUCCCCCCGCGCCCUGCUGCCGCCGCCCGCCGCCGCGCCGGCCCUGGCGCGCUCGCUGUGGCAGCUGGGCGGCGGCGCGGGGCGGACGGCGCUGCUGCGGCCGCGGCGGGGCUCGGCCGGCCGCGUGUCCUGCGGCUGCGGCGGGCUGCACACCGAGGGAGACAAAGCCUUUGCGCAGUUCCUGACGGAUGAGAUCCAGGAGGAGAAGAAGAUCCAGAAGCACAAAUCCCUGCCCAAGAUCUCCGGGGGGUGGGAGCUGGAGGUCCACGGCACGGAGGCCAAGCUGCUGCGGAAGAUCGCGGGGGAAAAGAUAACGGUUACAUUCAACAUCAAUAACAGCAUUCCACCCUCGGCUGAAGAAGACACGCAGGAGCAGCAGAAACCUGAUGAGCAGGAGCCUGAGCUUACAUCAACUCCAAACUUUGUUGUGGAAGUAAUAAAAGAUGAUACAAAGCAGACCCUUGUGCUUGACUGCCAUUUCCCUGAAGAUGAGAUUGGACAGGAAGGAGAGGAAGAAAGUGAUAUUUUCACAAUUCGGGAGGUCAGCUUCCAGCCCACUGGAGAAGCCGACUGGAAAGACACCAACUACACCCUCAACACAGAUUCCCUUGACUGGGCUCUCUACGAUCACCUGAUGGAUUUCCUGGCUGACAGAGGAGUGGACAACACCUUUGCUGAUGAGUUAGUAGAGCUCAGCACUGCCCUGGAGCACCAGGAGUACAUUAAAUUCCUUGAAGACCUCAAAAGCUUUGUCAAAUGUCAGUAGGUCAGGCUAGGAAACCUAUCCUCAAGUGUGGGUAUUCCACAGUGCUGCUUCAUCCAGCAAUACCCAAAUAUAUCUUCACUGGAUACAGAGAGUAAGUAACUUGGAAGGUGGAGAAUGGUAGAAGGAGGAUUCUCACUUGGAUUUGGGGACGUGUAGUGAUGGUGCAGCCCCAAUCAAGUUCUCCAAGGCUCUGGGCCAGAAUUGCCUUGCCCUGCAUGGGUUUUUUUGUACAAUUAAGAGUGAAUGUGAAGAAUAAAAACUGUUCAACAUA